GCCAUUUAUUUCUCAUCGUCACUUUGCAACAGUUUUGUGCGGCAUUUUUGCAUUUUCUGAAUAGGUGUUCUAGAAGAGAGGUGGAAAAGCAAGAAGAAAGAAUUACAAAUUGCGCUUCUUCGUGAAUAAAAAACGGUUGCGGCGUAACGACUGUACCCAUUAUAUGUGCAGUGAAAGUUCUCAAAAAACGGGAAAAUCUUAAAUUAAUUAAACCAACUAAUUAUCGACAUGUCCAGUCUGCCGAGCAAAAAAGCUAAAUUGUCUAAUGAUGGUGAUGGCAACGCGACAACUGCAAACGCACCUAAUGAGGAAGAGUCUGAGGCUUUGGAAUUAAUUGAUGCAUGUCAAAAUGAGAUUGACGCACUUAAUGAGAAGGCUAGUGAGGAAAUACUCAAAGUGGAGCAGAAAUACAAUAAAUUAAGGAAGCCAUGCUAUGAGAAACGUAGCGAGUUAGUGAAACGAAUUCCGAACUUCUGGGUGACAGCGUUUAUUAACCAUCCACAAGUGUCUGCCAUUUUGGAUGAAGAAGAGGAGGAAUGUCUACACGCUCUUACCAAGUUAGAAGUAGAAGAAUUUGAAGACAUAAAAUCGGGGUACCGUAUCCAUUUUUAUUUCGACGAAAAUCCUUAUUUUGAAAAUAAGGUGCUUACUAAAGAGUUUCACUUAGGAUCGGGAAACGCGGAAAACAGUGAUUGUCCAUCGUCGACGAGCACUCCCAUUCAAUGGAAAGAUGGUAAAGAUCUCAUAAGAUCAUGUAUGACGAAGCCGUAUCAACAAAAUAAGCGGAAACGACCUGCGGACUACAAGACAUUUUUCGAUUGGUUCUCAGACAACACUGAUCCUGUUAAUGAUGAGAUAGCUGAAUUAAUCAAAGAUGAUCUCUGGCCGAAUCCUCUUCAGUAUUAUUUAGUACCUGAUAUUGAGGUUGAACCAGAAGAUGAUGAAGAUGAUAAUGAGGAUAAUGAAGAGGAAUUAUUUGAUGAUGAAGAUGCAGAAGGCGAGGAAGAUGAUGAAGAAGAUGAAAAGUAAAUGCGGUGUUAUUUUUUAAUUGGUCUUCUAUAAAAUACCGCAAAGAUAAAUUUCAUUAACAUUAAGAAACGUAAUUGAAAGUGUCCACCAGCAGAAUAAUAAUUUUAUAUAUCCAAAACUUUUCUCAAUUUGACUUCAACGAAUAUAACUUUUUGACAUUUGCUAAAUUAAAUUAAUUGUGGGAAAUGUGAAUAAUUUGUUGUUACGCUUCCCCCUCUGUUGGAGUAUAAAAGUUUGUCACAUUAUGCAGCUUUUCACAAGACGAUAACUUCAUAUAUGAAGUUUAAUUAUCGACGUGUUAAUUUCUAUGCAUAAAUACAAGGAAUUUGAAUUCAUACUACAUAGACUGUAUGUAUUUCCCGGAAAAGAAUUAAAAAUAAAUAUUACGAGAAUACAA